AUGAAAUCAACGUGCGCUAUUGAAGGUGCCUCUACGGGCACUGGGAGGCUCAUGAAGGAUCUCACCCCUGGUAGUAUGAUGAUGGCGCUGAGGUUCUGGUGGAUCUGUUACUUCUCGUACUGCCUGACCAUGAUUGACGCCAAAGUCUCUGUUGGCCUUUCGGUCCUCCGCUACAUACCCAUCACACAAAAGUUCUACCGCUUCAUCACUCACGUUGUCAUAUACACCAGUAUCGUUAUGGGCCUGGUCUAUGGCCUCCUAGCAACAUUCCAGUGCAAUCCCGUCCCUUACUUCUAG